AUGUCAGAUAACUCACCCAAGAGGAGGAAGCUCGAUCAGAAGGACGAAUCCAUCGAAGAAACUGACGAUUACGUACCCUAUGUCUCGGUGAAGAAACGAAAAGAAGUUGAACUUGCAAAACUACUCGAAAAGAAGUUAGGAAGAAAGCUUGGAAACGAUGAUGAUGAAGAUGAAGAUGCUCCAGCACGACCAACGACGACACUUUUACAAGAGGCUCAAGUUGUUAAAAGACGUCAGGCGGAAGUUGAUGCUUUUAAGACUGAAGAAGACAAGAAAAGAGAAGAAGAAAACAAAGUCAUUGAGGCUGUAGCGGCCCAGAAAAAGAAACUUGGAGGGGCUCAGGAAUUAGCAAAAGGAGUGGAAUAUGAUAAUCCAAUGACAACUUCAUGGAAACCUCCAAGUUAUAUUCGAAGAAGAACUGAAGAAGAACUCGAACGAUUGAGAGAUAAACUUGGGAUCUUGGUCGAAGGAGAUGAUUGUCCUUCACCUAUUGAACAUUUUCAGGAUAUGAAAUUACUUCCUCCUCUAUUAAAGUACCUUAAAGAAAAGAAGAUCAAAGCACCUACUCCAAUUCAAAUGCAAGGUCUUCCUGUCGCUCUGUCGGGGCGUGAUAUGAUCGGUAUCGCAUUUACUGGAUCUGGUAAAACUUUGGCCUUUUCACUUCCGUUACUUUUGUUUGCUCUUGAGGCCGAGAAAAAGUUACCCUUCAUUCAGGGUGAGGGGCCGGUUGGGAUCAUCGUGUGUCCUUCGAGAGAAUUGGCUCGGCAAACCUACGAAACUAUUGUCGCUAUGGCUCUAGCGUGUGCUCAAUCAGGAAAAUACCCGCAAGUAGGCACCCUACUUUGCAUCGGUGGAAUCUCAAUGGCCGAUCAAUCGCACGUGAUGUCAAAAGGCUUUCAUAUUGUAGUAGCUACACCUGGAAGAUUACAAGAUAUGCUUGAGAAACGUAAAUUCAACUUGGACAACUGUAAAUAUCUAUGUUUAGAUGAAGCCGAUCGAAUGGUCGAUAUGGGAUUCGAAGAGGAUAUGAGAAACAUCAUGAGUUUUUUUAAACGUCAAAGACAAACAUUAUUGUUUAGUGCAACUAUGCCAAAGACGAUACGAAACUUUGCCGAAAACAGUUUGGUGAAACCAGUGGUGGUGAAUGUAGGUAGAGCUGGUGCUGCUAAUUUGGAUGUUAUUCAAGAGGUUGAGUAUGUGAAACAAGAAGCAAAGAUGGUUUAUUUACUCGAAUGUCUUCAAAAGACACCACCACCUGUUAUUAUUUUUAGUGACAACAAGAACGAAGUUGACGACAUACAGGAAUAUCUCUUACUCAAGGGUGUUGAGGCAGUAGCAAUUCACGGUAGCAAAACCCAAGAGGAGCGAGAAUAUGCAAUCAAAUCAUUCAAAUCUGGUAAAAAGGAUGUGAUGGUCGCCAGUGGUGUUGCAUCAAAAGGUUUAGAUUUUGCAGAAAUUCAACAUGUGAUCAAUUUCACUAUGCCAGGUGAAAUUGAAAACUAUGUCCAUCAAAUCGGUCGUACUGGUCGAUCUGGUAAAACAGGUAUUGCGACUACAUUCAUCAAUAUGAACACACCUGAACCUACUUUGUUGGACUUGAAGUAUCUACUUAUUGAAGCCAAACAGAGGAUACCUCCAUUCUUACAAACGGUUGAAGAUCCAAAUGCAGGUGGGAGCGGUAAUGGUGGAUGUCAAUUUUGUGGAGGUCUGGGUCAUUCUGCACUCAAUUGUCCCAAACGAGAAGACGCACAACGACGAGAAAGGGCAGGACAUCAUCGAGAAGAAGGUGGUGGUGGUGGUGGUUAUUGAUAUUCAAGAGAGACUUCUCUCAUUUCUUUUUACUUUUCGAUUCAUCCUUCAUUUGCAUGUAUGAGUUCUUUAUGUACAGUCUUGCAUUUUGUUGGUACGAAAAACAAAGUAUAAGUUUGUAUAACUACUCAAAGAGAUUUUGUGAGAUUCUUCUCAUUUAAUGUAUCAUCAACAGUGUACACUUCAUCUUGAUGAUGCUAUACGUGUGGGUUCUGAGAAUUGGGGAUCAUCAAGCCUACUGAUAUGCAUACACAAUGCAUUCAAAGAUCUUCUUCCGUG